AUGAAUUUGCGCCUCAACAAUUUUGAGGGUUUGUUAUGUGUAAUUGCUGGGGAUGGAACAACGGCUAAGGCAAAUUGUCUUCGACAAGUAAUCUCUAGAAAUAAAACGGAUAUGGCCACCGAUGCUUCCCGAUCGCUAGACCUUAUGCGCCAAGUCUUCCAGCCACAGAUAAAUGAAGAAAUACGACAAAUAAUUGAUCGGCAUUUACGAACCACAUUCCAGCCGGCAAUCGAGAACUUGAAGCGCAAUGGCCAUGGCGUCGCAGAAGAAGAUCUAAAUGAGUUGGCACGCGGUAUGCUAGAUGGAGCGAAAAGUAUUUUUGUACCUGUGCACCCGCAACCUGUUUUAGCCCAAGAAGUGUAUAAAAUUCGGGGUUAUGAGUCGGACGAUUCGGAUAUCUCUGCAAUUUCGCAAAGAUCUACCGACCGUAAGCCAAAGCGCGGCCGCCCGAGAAAGGAUGAUGAAGCGGUCAUCCCAAUGCAUUGUAAAAUAGACACCUAUGAUCUCGAAAAAUGGGCAAUCGGAAGGCUGACCCAUAAGACCAGUUUUAUCUUCGCAUCAAAACUCGCCGAAAACCUUGGGCUACCCAAUACCUCAAAGCUGUUUGCCAAAUACCCGAAGGCCUUUCGUUACAUUUGUUCGGAAGAAGAUAAGAAGAUCUUGGUGCCUCAACGCCUGCUAAGUAGUGUACACGGAGGACGGGCUAUUCUAAUGCAACUUGAGGACGGGAUAGAGAUUCAGGGAUCCAUCGGUGACCUGCCACAGUACUCUUUCACUUGCCCAGAAGCCAUGCUAGACCGUGUCCGGAUGAAAACCUUUUCCGUGGACCCCACCGACCCACCUCACGACAUGCCGAGGCACGACACCUCUUCAUCAAACCUGUCUAGCCACCAGAAUGUCGCCGAGCUGAAGGGUCUGGUUGCUGAUGGGGAAGAGUGUGAAAUGCGUGUCACCGGAUGUGUGCGAAACGGGAAUCAUCCAGCAUCUGGGGUGACAAUGACCACAUUCUCGUCUUCAUCAGCUGCAACAGAUGAGCGAACUCGACUCGUCAAGAGCGAACCGAGGGAACAGUGGACAAGCAAGAUUGACUUCUUAAUGUCGGUCGUCGGCUUUGCCGUAGAUUUAGGAAACAUCUGGCGUUUUCCCUAUUUGUGCUUCAAGAAUGGGGGAGGUGUUUUCUUAAUCCCCUACACGAUCAUCGUUCUUGUAACGGGAGUGCCACUAUUUUACAUGGAGCUCGCACUUGGUCAAUAUUAUCGCAAAGGCGCCAUCACGACAUGGGGCCGGAUUUGUCCAUUGUUCAAAGGCAUUGGCUAUUGCGUGAUUAUGAUUGCAUUCUACACGGAUUUUUUCUAUAAUGUGGUCAUCGCCUGGGGAUUACACUUCCUCUACACUUCCUUUCAAACAAAUUUGCCGUGGGCGAGUUGCAACAACACGUACAACAGCAAGGCGUGCUAUGAGCCAAUAUAUGGGGCAUUGCAUUCAAGUUCAUCAAAAUGCGCACCCAGGAUCAACAACAGUCAAGCAAAAAUUUCCGCCGCAGAGGAAUAUUUCUACAAAGGGCUAUUGGGAUUGCAUGAAAGUGGUGCUCCCAACUCACAUGUCAUUCGAUCCAUGUCAGAUUUCGGAGACCUCAACUGGCAUAUUUUCGUUUCGCUCUUUGUUGUCUACAUCAUUUGCUAUUUCUCGCUUUGGAAGGGAAUUGGAAUGAGCGGGAAGGUUGUGUGGUUUACAGCGCUGUUCCCCUACGUGGUGUUGGGAGUAUUAUUCGUACGGGGAAUUACCCUGCCGGGAGCGGAAAUGGGAAUCGAGUUUUAUCUGAAACCGAAUAUUGGGAAACUGAAGGACCCUGGGGUCUGGCAGGAUGCGGCGACACAAGUCUUCUUCUCGUUAGGCCCCGGAUUUGGCGUACUGAUGGCUUAUUCAUCGUACAACAAGUUCAACAACAAUGUCUAUUUCGAUGCAUUGGUGACGAGUUCCAUUAAUUGCCUAACUAGCUUCCUCUCGGGAUUUGUCAUUUUUUCGGUGUUGGGUUAUAUGUCGUGCGCAUCUGGAAAACCGAUUGAGGAAGUUGCCCUUGAAGGGCCUGGACUGGUUUUUGUUGUCUACCCUGAAGCGCUUGCCACAAUGCCGUGGGCCCCUGGUUGGUCUGUGCUAUUCUUCCUAAUGUUGAUCACCCUUGGGCUUGACAGCUCGUUCGGAGGUACAGAAGCAAUCAUCACAGCCUUGAGUGAUGAAUUCUUGUGGAUCAAAAAACAUCGUGAAAUCUUUAUCGGCCUCCUUUUUGGUUUCUACAUGCUCAUUGGUUAUUUCAUCUGUACACAGGGCGGAAUUCUGAUUAUGGAGUGGCUGAUCGUAUAUGGAACAACCUGGGGCUUACUAAUUGCCGUUUUCUGCGAAGUUGUGGUUGUGUCCUAUUUCUACGGCUGCCGGCAAUUUGUUUUGGAUCUAAAGGAAAUGCUCGGAUUUAGCCCCGGAAUGUAUUGGAAACUCUGCUGGGUCAUCGGUGCUCCACUCUUCCUUUUGCUGAUGAUUCUCUCAUCAUUUAUCAACUAUGGGCCAUUGGUUUAUCAGGAUUACCAGUUUUCUGACACUGCCAAUCUGGCGGGAAUAUUUUUUGCUUUGUCAGCCGCUGCUGCCAUACCAACGGUCGGUAUCUUCAAACUCUGCACUUCGAAGGGCCGAACUUUCUCCGAGGCAAGCAGAAAAUUUUGGGAGCUUAUCUUUUUCAGAAAUUUGCUUAUUCGUUGCGCCCAUAUCGAAAAAGAUCGACGCAGCAUGAGUAUACACCAAUCGGACGGAUGGCGAGUAACAAUGAUG